UAGCGCGCGGAGCGGUAUGACAACUGUGAGAAACUUACAACCCGAAUAGACAGCUUUACGACACCACUGAAGCCUUACACUGAAAGUCCUGCUCCAUGAAUUAUUCAGGAAGCACUGAUGCAGUGGUUACAUUGACUUCCACCUUCCCUAAUAACUUCUAUAUGCCCGCUCAUGUUUGUGUUGCAAGAUGGACAACAAAAGAAGUCAUGAUGAGAGAUAUUGAUUCAAGAGAAAGGGUUCAAGAUGACACAUGGUGUGAAGGGGCACAAAAUGAGGAAGAGGAGGACGACGAGGAGGUUAGCCCUAUUAGAUCCAGUUUCUCUGUGGAGGACCUGCUCGAUGAGGUGGAGAAGAUCAGCAGUGUCGCCAGCAGCGGCAAAAAGGUGGAGAUUGUAGUGAGACUGUGGAAAAAUGGCUUCACGGUAAACGAUGAAGAGUUUCGCAGUUACACUCUAGAAGAAAACCAAGAGUUCUUGGACGCCAUUAAACGAGGUGAGCUGCCUCUGGAGCUAGAAGGAAGAGCUGAGGAUGAAGAACUAGAAGUCAAUGUGGAGGACAUGAAAGAUGAAGUGUAUGUCCCAAAGAAAAAGACCUUUCACCCGUUUACAGGCCGAGGCUACAGACUGGGAAGCGUGGCUCCGCGAGUGGUGGCCAGGUCUCGGUCGAUACAUGAGGACUGUGCUGGUCCUCCUCUCCCAGCUGUGGAGCUGAAUGAGGACCUCCCCGUGACCUCCCUCCAGAUCUGGCUGGCAGACGGUCAGCGUCUCGUGCAAAGGUUUAAUCUGUGCCAUCGGAUCAGUGAUGUGCAGCUUUUUGUAGAGCAGGCUCAGAGAACAGACGCUCCGUUCAUCCUGACUACAUCCCUGCCAUUCCGAGAGCUGAGAGAUGAGGGUCAGAGUUUGGAGGAAGCUGACUUAGCAAAUGCUGUGAUCAUUCAGAGGCCUCUCAAUUCACAAGCUCCUUUUGGUCACUCCUGACUGUUCCUGUUUGCACCAGAGACUCAGAUUUAUUGCUCCCACACAUCUGACAUUUCAUGAAUUAUUUUUUAAAGGAAUAGUUCACCCAAAAAAAAUAAAGAAAAAUACAUUCACACUUUUCCAUAAUAUUCAUUAAAAUCCAUGAAAGGCCUACGUGGUUUUUGUUUCAUAGAAGAAAAAAAAUUUUAGUUGAAUGGAAUGACGUGAGGGUGAUUUAAACAAACAAAUAAUGACAGUUAAAUAAUGACAGAGUUUUACUAUCAAAUGUAGUUUUUAUGGUUUCAGUCAUGUUCUUUUACAGCAUUGGCCUUUUCUGAUGCAAUGCAGUAUGCACAAGCCAAGUAUUUGACCUUCACUAUAAUACAUGUUUACACAUAAAUCACUGAAGAAUUCAAAUCAAGCUGCCAUUAUGCUUAAUGGAGUUGUGUUUGAUUAUCUGUGCUGGUAUGUCUUACUGUGAACCGUUAAGUUAUAAAUGUCAAAUGUUAUAUGCACUUUGCCUAAGACAGUGGCUCUGUUAUAAAGACCUCUUAUUGCAAUAAACCUACUGAAGAUA